UCCUGCCGCGUUAUUAAGGCGCGGUUCUUUAUCUCUGCAUCGUGUUCCAGAUGUGCCUCAUGCAUGCCCUUAAUUAAAUCAGACUAUCCUAACAUGAUAAAUAUGCUUUUAAUUUGAAAGGAGACAGAGAAUGGGCUUUCUCUUUAAAUGUUCAAUGACAAGCACAGAAGCUCCGAAUGUUCCAGCUGCAGCGUUUAACCCCGAGGUUCAGCCGAGGGUUCGAGGGAUUAGCUCUUAUCUUUUUUAAACCCUGUCGUCAAUCAGCUUGGCUUAGUGAAAUAUAGAAGAUCACACGGUGUCGCCAAUACUGGGCGUGUCCUCAGAGGUCGGUGUUCCCUGGAAGAAUGAUCCUUUCACUUUAACUCGAAGCAGGCUUCAUGUCAAUACAGUUUACCCUCCAAGACACUUCCAUUCAUACUCACUAUAAAAGAUGGACAGAGACCACCUCGGUUAGUUUCUAACAUUUUUUUUAAUGAAUUAAUGAACGUAUUUAUUUUUGAGCCUCAGACGGAGCAUUCUUGCUGUUUCCAUCUCCGUCUUUUGAAACCAGAUGUGAUGACUGAGCUCGUAGGUUCACAGCUGUCACAGUUUAGACCCGCCCUGAAUCAGCCCUGACUGAUUCUCAGCGUCUAAAACGAACCUCGUGUUUUAUCCAAAAGGACCUGAAACCAGAAACUGAGAUGAUAAAACCAUACAAGUGUAGGAGAAAAUUCCAGCUAGACGAGUCGCCCCCUGCUGGCCGCUUUAGCUUUGGCUCAUGUGUCAGCUAGCGUUGCUGGCUAAACGGUUUUUUAGAAGACUGCGUUGUGCAUGUAAUCCUACAGUAGGAGUUGGUACCAGUUAAACCAGUUUCAGCUUAAACAUCAUAGGGAAACCCUGCAGCUGGUUUAUCUUUUGUAUUUUUGGAAGACCCAGAAACGGAAAGCUCACUCUCUGCUUUAUGAUGGUGGUCAACCAAAGCAUGGGAAGCAGAAAUGAUCAGAGUAUCCAAACGUCUUUCCUUUCAAACUGUGCAAACUUGGGUAAAACAGUAUUUGCAGAUGAUUUUAGUCAAAGCUGAGAUGAGCUGACGACCUUUGCCCCUGGAAGUGAACUGUUUGCAAAUGCUUUUCUACCUGUGUUUGAGUUUCAAAGCUUUCAGAAAGAAGUUUUUGUGCACUUGUCAAUUUAAUUUGCAUGACAAACCUUCACCUUAUUGAUUUAAAUCACUUACAUCCCACCUGUGCACCUGGUGAUUGGAGGAACUGUAAUUCUCAGUGGGGUAGGUUAUGAACUUCAGCAUAAUUCCUAGAGCCUCCACUUUAGUCACGGACUCCACUCCCCCCCUUGUGCACACAGAGAGCCAGAGGGUCUAGCUUCCAGCAUUCCCUGGAGUUUGAGGCAGUCUGUCCUAAUGUCCACAAAAACAUGUCAGAGGAACCAGAACGUGGUCUCGUACAGAUUCAAAGAGAAGAUACGCAAAAAUCUACAGAGGAAGUCUUCAUUGAAAAACUGGAAGUUCCUAAAAACAAUGAGCUCAGCAAAGGAGAAGUGGGCCGAGCAGUUUGUGACCUCAACUGUUUGAACUCUGAACACAAAAUUGAGCAAGAAGUGCACCCAGACCAGCACAGCAACAAAUCUGAUGGAAGUGAUUCCGCCUGCUGUGUUGAAGAUGAUCGUGGUAGAAAGCAGGAGGUUCACGAUGGACGCUCGUAUUCUAACUCGGAGGAAAAGGUUGAAUCCCAAACAUGUGAUUCAGGAAGAGCAGAAGAGACGAAACCUCCAACUGAUCAUUCCUCAAAGUCAUGCAGCUUUAACAGUGGUUACAUCAGUUCAAUGAUUCAGUGGUUACAAGUAAGUCAGCAGCAGAUGAUGGGAUCCUUUAUCGGUCAAACAAAACCAGAACUGGAUGCAGAAGCAGAGAAAGUGACAGCCAAUAAGAGAUUUGUCUUCGGCUACUUUGCUGACAAACUGUCCGAGGUGUAUAAAGAUGCUGGUAGAAAGCUUCAGGGCACACGGGACAUCAUUCGAAACGUUCAAGCAGGCGACAUGAAGGUUGUCCUCCCUCAGUACGUGAGCAUGAUAUCCAAAGAGCUGCCGCUGAUUCAUCAAACACGGCUUCACCAAGAGCCAAAUCCUUCAAUCGCAGCCGAGCACAAAGGCACUUCGGUAGAUCUGUCGAAGGAUUGUGCGCUGAGGCUUCCACAGAAUCGUGGAGCUCCGCCAUUCCCGAACAUCUCUGGUUGGCCUGAAGGAUCCGUGUCCUCUUCGAGAGUUACCAGUCCAGAAGUGUUUCAUCAGAGGCUGGUCGAGCUUCCGGCUGUUUUGUCUGAGCUACAGACAUUUUCAUCCCAGAGGAUCCUGGAAAAGUUGGAAUCUCUGGCUCCUCGGGAGAAUUUUGGCAAGGUUUUGAGUCUGUUUUGGCUCAGAGCAGCUAACUGUAAGAAACCCAUCCCAAAACCCGCCUGUCUACUUUUGUCAGAGACGGACUUAAUCAUUCUCUCAGCGAGGACAGAUUCUACCAACAUGUUGACUAUUUUUCACCGCUUUAAACUCCAAGAUAUCCGGGAGGUCCAGAUAAGUCUGGCAGGGCAGCACAUCCGCCUAACAGGCUGCACCGAAGACACCAUCCUAGCUAUCUUCACGUACAGCAAAGAGCUUACUCAGGACUUCUGCAGGGCUCUACUGAGUGCUCUCUUUCCUGAGAAGAUCCCUGAAGAGACUGAACGUCAGCCAUUGCUCUCUGGCGACCUAAUGGUAAUCUCUCUGGAUUGGACUUCAAGAGUUCCUGACGUCAUCCUUGACAGCGGGCUUCACAUCACUUCCAGAUUUAAGCGCGUCCUCGCCGACUUGCUCUACAUCAUCCACGGGAACAUGGAUGGUCCCGGCAAACCUUCACUUGCUAAUGUCUGUCCCCUGCUCUACACCAGCGUCAAAGUCAAGAACUCUACCUGUGUGCACCGGGACACCAUCUCCCAGUUCCUCCUGACGGACACCCACGUAGCUCUUCUCCGAGAGGAUGGCGUCUUUCAUCCAGUGCCGCGGGGAUCCAGUCUGGUCCCCGCCCACCCACAGUUUCAAGGAGUCAAACUCCGCAAGCGUUCUGACAUCAGGUGCCUGCUCAUGAAGAAGACCGACACCUGCGUGGUGGUAGACUUUGUUUUUAUGAAGCCCAAACCGCAAACCGUGAAGAGAGAGGUGCAGUUCAGACGUGGCUCGGCUGACCUUCCUUCUGAUCGAGGUCCAUGUGAAUCCUGGAAAUUAUGUUUUGGCUGCUCCUCAGAAGCUCAGACUCUGAUUAAUCACCUGUGCACCUGAAGCCCAGCAUUACCUGAACACCUGAACACAGUGUGCCUAUCUUGUUUGUCCACAGACACCUUAUUUAUUUUAAGAUGUUACAUAAAUUCUAAUUAAUAAAUUGGACCUUGGCGUCAUCUUGAAGCAUUUUUCUAAUUUUUUUUAAAUAAAAUUGUAAACUUUUUAACUUUUGAUGUUACAGAAAUGUAGCUGUUUAUGUAAUCGUCGAAAUGAUUUGUUUGUGAUCAGUGUGCAUGCACCAUGUGGACUGUAGAGGAGUGGCUUCCAUGUUCAUAUUACUUCAUGUGUAAUUUCUUUGCAGAGACAUGAUGUUGGGAUGCUGACAGAGUAAUAAAGUUUUUGGUUUGAUUUCUGAUUUGUUUGGAGGUUUUUGGCUUUUUUUGUAAAUGAACAAUUUCCUGAUUGUAAUUUUCCGAGUCAGCCUUUUACCCUCCACUUCUUUUUUCCCUCUCUUUUUC